GCCGAAAAGGUCUUUAGGCCGGAAAAGGUCUUUGGCUUGAAAAUGGCUUUUCAGUCUCGACAAAAUUCAAAUACUGCUAUUUAAUUUCGUCCAACGUUUCGGUCGCAUAUAGGACCUUCAUCAGGGACUCUAAAAAUGAUUGUUUAUUUAAUUUGGUGAUUUUUACAAAAAUAUUGGAAAUUAUCAAUUUUUACCAAUUAUCACAGAUUCUUCGUCCAAUGUGUACUGUUGAACAAAGGUUGUCCAGCGGAAUGAAUUUCUGCGAUCAAAAACAUACAUAAUUACAAAAGUUAUUCUUCGCAAUUUUCAUUCUUCCCACGCAAUUUCCUUCAGUGUACUUACUCCCUCACAGCAGUUAACGGUUGGGAUUCGGUAAUUGUGGAAAAACCCUUCCGGAAUUUUACCGCACUGGAAUUUGACACCUCGCGCUUGAUCGAUCACCAUUGCUUUCCGUGUUCAUGAUGUGUGUUCGUGCAAUCGAUCUUUGCUGCUGGUGUGCGUGUUCAGAAUCAUCUUGGAUUGUGUAUUGGUGUUUGUUGGCGAACCACUGGGUAGUUUCGAACUCGAUGAAGUGAGCUCCGAGUACGCCCUUCGCUUUAAUCGUCUGUCAGCCGUUGACGGCUGAUGGGGAAUUGUCAUGUACAUGCAAUAGGAUGGAAGAAAAACAAUUUCGACAAAGCAUCGAAGUGAGAAGGUCGAUUGACUAUAGUUAAAGCGAAUUAUAAAUUAAAAUCGUAUUUCUACUUAUCCUAAAUUGAAUUAUUAAUACAUUUGUGAACUCUCAGGUAGAUAUUCCUAAAUUGAUUUAAUAUGAUACUCUACUUACAAAUAACUUACAACUAUUAUCACAGAUGAAAUUUAGUACGGAGAAAUCAGAUUGGACAGUUAUAACCUAAAACUAGUAAAGAACACCAAAUGUAAGUAAAACAUGAACUAUGAAUUUGUCCUAAACCUAACAUGCAAAUAAAUUAAUAGCUUUGAAGCUGUGUCAAACGGACCCGCUAUCAGGAUUGUUCUUCCGACGUCCAAACUGAAAAAUCUUCCCCAACAAAAAUCUUCAAAGAUUUGCGAUUGUUUCGAAGCACAUGUGGUUGCCAUCCGAACAAAGGAACAAUGGAUCCAUCGGACAGCCACUGUAUAAUGUGCAACAGACCGAACAACGCCGAUAAUCUGGUCCAGUGUGACCGCUGUGACGGGUACGUACACUAUUCGUGCGCGGACGUGGGAGACUCGAUUGCCGAUCCCGAUCGGAGUUUCACCUGCAAGAGGUGCGUCGAGAGCGAUGAAGUCGUCACUGUUUCAUCCCACCGCACGAGCCGCAGCUCCCGGCGAACGUCACAUAGUGGUAGCAGCUCAGCACGGGUGGCACUGCGGCUGCAACAGCUUGAGAAGGAGAAGCAAAACCGUCUCCGGGAGCUCGAAGAUGCUGAGAAGUUCCAGCGACUGCGGCGUCAGGUCGAGGAGGACUUCGAGAAACAACAGUUUGCCAUCCUUGACGCACAACUGCAGGAUGAGGAUGAGGAUCGUAGCGUCAAGAGCAGAGUGAGUUCCAGGCAAAUCCGCGAGAGUACCAAGAAGUGGGUCGGUGCAUCGAGUCAGACAGAUGGAGCAAAUAGUCAAGUAGCUACCACGUCGGCUCAAAUCGUAUCCACAAGCCUAGAUGGAACCCUGCGUACUCCAGCAGAUGAAUCCGAAGACCAGAUCACGUUAGCAGCUAUUCCCGAAGAAGCACUCCAACCCGCAUCGGCCGAAGGCGACCGAGAAGCUGAACCCAACAAGAUGACCAGCGUCGUCAGCGUUCUGGAAGAGCAGCAAACCGUUCGUUCCACGGAGUUCACAGUAGCGGCCCAAGUACCUACGUCCCACCAAGGCUUGGGGGCAGACACGUCGGCCGGAGCUAUUCCGUCAUCCCGCAGGCAUACUGGAGUGCUUACUACCGGUGAACUGGAGUCCGAAGAACGGGUACAGCAGAAGGCAAGAGCAGCCUAUACGAAAAUCAAUGCAGGUAUGACGUCACGCGCGGGUGGUGUACGAGUUGCGUCACCUACCGGUUCAGGUUUGUCUUCAGAGAGCCAGGUGAGAACUAGCGUUAGUACCUUGCACGUCAGAUUGCAUCCUAUACCAGAAGUAGGCCAAACCAGUACACCUUUAAUACCAACAAUAAAGCAAAUCGUAGGUAGACAGUCAGGGCAUAGACAAACCCAUAAAAAUCCAGCCAAGCUAGGCAAUCAGCUAGGAGCAGUUCAGGGUCACUUAGCACUAAAUCAUUCUCUGGGCACUGUGCCAACAUCGGGUGAACCUCCCCCAGGGUUGAACACAAUGGGUCAAAUACCGUCGUUGAAAUCCGCGCAGUUUUGCGAAUCAAAACCAGCCGCGAAGCAACCGUUUUCCGAUCAGAAUCAGAUGCGCGUUCCGAAAUCGUCCGUCUUUGUGCCCGGUCACGGUAGUGAAGUGAAUCGUUCAUUUGUGCCUCCGGUGGAACAGCAGCAAUACAGUGUGCCCGAUCGUCAAGAGGUACAACCACCGUCCGGUCGUGAACAGUGUACAGUGACAAGUGCUAGAGACCAAUUUGUGAAUCAGCCUCCCCCCGGAUACGAGAACUUUGCGAGGAAACCAACGGCAGCAACAUGGAACCCGGCGUGGCCAUCGGUUCCGCAUUUUGGAACCAUCGGAUAUCUGCCAUCGAUCCCUUUCCAUUCAACGUACGGCCAACCGGAUUAUGCUCUGAAUUCCACAGAGUAUUUGACGUCUACAGGCUAUCAGCAAGGGGCUCUUCCGAGCACGUCUAGGUUGGAACCACUGCCGGGACAUCAGACAUACCCGGAACCAACGACACGACCAAAUCAUCAGCACCGGACGGAUCAGCGUGAGCAAUGGCAGAACUCGAGCCAAUCGCAACCUCGUCGAGUGCGAGGACCCACAGCAGAACAACUGGCCGCUCGCCAAGUUAUUCCAAAAGAGCUGCCCGUGUUUGCUGGAGAUCCACAGGACUGGCCGCUUUUCCUGAGUUCCUUCAACAACUCGACAGAGGCUUGCGGGUAUAACGACGCUGAGAACCUGGCGAGACUUCAACGAUGUUUACGUGGACAUGCGUUGGAAAGCGUGAGAAGUCGAUUGCUGAUUCCGGAGUCAGUUCCCUACGUGCUGGCAACCCUGGAGCGAUUGUAUGGCAGACCGGAAGUGAUUAUCCAUUCCCUUCUGAAGCGGAUGCGCGAAAUACCCUCACCCAGGGGUGAUGACCUGAAAACCCUGAUCAAGUUCGGAAUGGGCGUGGGGAACAUGGUGGAACACAUGAUAUUAGCCCAACAACAUCAGCAUAUUAGCAACCCAAUGUUGCUGCAAGAGCUGGUAGACAGACUUCCGCCGACUCUGAAACUACAGUGGGCUUCCUUUAAGCGUCACUACCACACAGUGAAUUUGGCGACCUUCAACGACUUCAUGAAGGACCUUGUUACGAUGGCCAGCGACGUGACUCUCCUGACUGGUAUAGGACAACAGCCGGCGGAGAAACAGGAGAAGCCGAAACGAGAAAGAGCGGCGAAGGAGAAGCUGUUCGUCCAUCAAUCUUCAUCAAAUACAUCGGGGUCGUCUGGGACUGAAUCAAGUAACCCCACCGUCAAGCCCUGCGUGCACUGCUCCAAGACAGACCAUCGUGUUGCUGAGUGUCCAGACUUCAAGCGACUGAGUGUAGACGAAAGAUGGAAGGUUUUGCGACAAAAAGGGCUGUGUAGAAUAUGCUUGAUCCCUCAUCGUUCAUGGCCUUGUCGUUCAAAACAAGAAUGUGGAGUUAGAGACUGCCGCAUGCGUCACCACGCUUUACUACACCUAGCCAAGGUGCAGACUGGAACAGUUCCAACAUCAACGCCGACGGAAAGAAACAUCGUCCAUCAAAACCACCAUUCCGUUACCUCUUGUGCUUUGAUGCGUUACCUUCCCGUGACGCUGCACUACAACGGAAACAGCGUAGAGGUCUUCGCGUUCUUGGAUGAUGGAUCUUCAUCGACGAUGAUGGAAGCAGAGGUAGCCAAACAACUGGGUGCAGCGGGACCGGCUGAGCCGUUGUGUCUGGGCUGGACUGGAGAUAUUACGAGGAUCGAGAAAGAUUCCCAGCACGUCAAUGUCGCUAUUUCCGGGCACAACAUAGCAAACAUGUUCCCACUGAAGGCAAGGACGGUUGGCCAACUAAAACUGCCAAGCCAAACGGUGGAUUACGAGGAACUUUGUCUGGGUCAUCCGUACCUCAGAAAGCUUCCUUUGUCAAGUUACACCAGUGCUGUUCCUCGUCUCAUCAUCGGUGUAGAUAACGCUAAGCUGAUCAGUACACUGAAAAGUCGAGAGAGUAGAAACGGAGAGCUGGUCGCGGUCAAAACACGGCUCGGAUGGAGCCUCUUCGGAAAACAUACCGUCGGUAGUAGUCCAGUAGAGUACGUGCACACGCACCAAGAGUUACACGGCGCAGACACGGAUUUACACAAUCUGUUCAGGCAGUUUAUGGCGGUCGAUGAAGCGAGCGUCAACCAGAGCCCACUAUCGGAACAAGACAAGAGAGCGUUGGAGAUAUUACAGAAAACUACCCGAAGGAUCGACGGUAGGCUGGAAACUGGCCUGUUGUGGCGAAACGAUGAACCUUCCCUUCCAAAUAGCUACAGUAUGGCAGUCCGUAGAGCGGAAGCUCUGGAGCGUAAGCUGGCGAAAGAUGAGCAGCUACGAGAGAAAGUCAAGCAACUGAUUCAGGAGUAUGUGGCCAAAGGAUACGCUCAUCGAAUUACCGCUGCCGAGUUGGAAUCGUCAGAACCGGGCCGGGUAUGGUACUUGCCACUGGGGGUGGUGAGAAAUCCACGCAAACCGGAAAAAGUCCGUCUUAUUUGGGACGCUGCAGCCCGAUCAGAAGGUGUUUCGUUCAACGACCUGAUGCUGAAAGGGCCGGAUCUGUUAACAGCGCUACCAUCUGUUCUGCUGCGUUUUCGCCAAAAAAGCGUAGCCUUUAGCGGAGACAUAAAGGAAAUGUUUCAUCAAUUCCGGAUUCGGCAAGAGGACAGACAGGCACAACGAUUUCUCUUCCGGGAGCACCCUGAAGAACCUCCACAGAUCUUCGUGAUGGAUGUCGCCGCGUUUGGCGCUGCGUGCUCACCUUGCAUCGCUCAGUACCUGAAAAAUAGGAACGCAGAGGACUACAAACAGCAAUAUCCUGAGGCAGCCCGUGCCAUCGUCGAAAACCACUACGUGGAUGAUUUUUUGGAUAGUGUUGAUACGGUCGAAGAAGCAGUGGAGCUUAUCGAAGAUGUGAAACACGUUCACGCCAUGGCUGGAAUGGAGAUCCGGAAUUUCGCAUCAAAUUCACCUGCAGUUCUCGAGCGCAUCGGAGAAGUCAGCGAAGCUGAACAAAAGCUAGUCAAAUUGGAGUCGAUCGUCGAAAGAGUUUUGGGAAUGGUGUGGAAACCGGAGGAGGAUAUCUUCACGUUCGAGUUGGACCUGAAAGAAGAAGUACGGAACAUUGUGCUGAACAACACGACGCCUACGAAGCGCCAAGUCUUACGGACCAUAAUGUCUCUUUUUGAUCCGUUGGGUUUGGUAGCGCAUUUCAUAGUGCACGGCAAGUUAAUCAUGCAGCGCAUCUGGAGAGAAGGCUUAGACUGGGACGAAGCGAUUAGUGGCGAAAUACUAGAAGACUGGCGUAGAUGGAGUGGACUGCUGCUGAAGAUCAACGAAGUUGGCGUACCAAGGUGUUUCUUCUCCGGUAAUAGAUCAGUAUGCAAUGGCGCCGAGAUCCAUAUGUUUGUGGAUGCCAGCGAAAAUGCAUACGCUUGCGUUGCGUACCUGCGAAGUUCCGAUAACGGGAUCCCACGAUGUACGCUGAUAGUGGCGAAGACGAAAGUAGCGCCGCUGAAACCGUUAUCCAUUCCACGGUUGGAAUUGCAAGCGGCUCUUAACGGGAGCCGUUUACUGGACACCAUAUGCAAGGCUCUAACAAUCCCUAUCUCGGCACGAUAUCUCUGGACAGACUCUACAACGGUCUUGGCGUGGCUGAGGUCUGAAACACGGCGUUACCAUCAGUUCGUUGGAUUUCGAGUUGGAGAGAUUUUAACUACAACCACCAUCGGCGAGUGGAGGAAGGUUCAGUCAAAACUGAAUGUUGCUGAUCAGGCAACGAAGUGGAAGGACGGACCAAGUUUCAACCCAGAAGAUUGGUGGUACUCCGGCCCAAGUUUUCUAUCCGACACGACGGAAAAAUGGACUGAACAUACAUCGGAGGAUUUCGUAACAACGGAAGACAUGCGAUCAGCGUUCUUGCACCAUCGAAAGCUGCAUCCACCGUUCAUCGUAGCUGUCGAGAGGUUUUCCAAAUGGACAAGAUUAGUACGAGCUACAGCCUACGUUAUCAGAGCGGUCAAACGGUUCCUUAGCCUGAAGGUGAACGGACCGUUGGUGCAGGAAGAACUGCAGAGUGCGGAAACACUGCUGUGGAGGCAAGUGCAAAGAGAAGCAUACUCGGAGGAAUACUCUACGCUUCUGUACAACAAAGAACACCCUCGUGAAGAACCUCGGAAGUUGGAGAGAUCGAGCGCCCUGUUCAACAUGUCACCGAUGCUGGACAGCAAUGGAGUGCUGCGGAUGAACAGUCGCAUAACUGCAGCCCCUGUUGUAUCCACGGACCUGAAAUACCCUAUCUUUCUCCCGAAGGAACAUCGGGUAACGGAACUGCUUGUGGAAAGCUACCACAUUCGUUUCCUACACGGAAACAAGGAGACGAUAUUUAAUGAAUUGCGGCAACGUUUCCAGAUACCAAAACUCCGUUCGGUUGUAUCGAAGGUAGCCAAACAAUGUCAGUAUUGCCGUGUGCGGAAGGCGACUCCCCAAGAGCCAAUGAUGGCACCAUUACCCGAAAUUCGGCUAACAUCGUUCAUCCGACCGUUCACUCAUACCGGAGUGGACUAUUUUGGGCCUGUUUUCGUGAAGCAAGGACGUAGCACGGUUAAACGAUGGAUCGCUCUUUUCACGUGCCUGUCCAUCAGGGCCGUGCACCUCGAAGUGGUCCACAGUUUAUCGACGCAGUCGUGUGUCAUGGCCAUCCGUCGAUUCGUUGCGCGCAGAGGGUCUCCCGCAACUUUCUGUUCCGACAACGGAACCAAUUUUGUGGGCGCGAACAACCUGCUUCGGGAACAACUUCGUGCGAUCGGAGAGUGCUGUGCAACAACCUUUACGAACUCUGACACACGAUGGCUUUUCAACCCCCCACUCGCCCCCCAUAUGGGAGGAUCAUGGGAGCGCUUGGUGAGGUCAGUGAAGGUAGCAAUGUCGGCGAUCGCAGAUCAUCCUCGCCACCCCAGUGACGAAGUCCUGGAAACAAUAGCUCUGGAAGCAGAAUCUAUCGUGAAUUCCAGGCCACUGACCUAUGUCCCGCUGGAUCAUGAGAAUCAAGAAGCCCUGUCUCCCAAUCACUUCCUGUUAUAUGGAACGCAAGGCAUCAAUCAACCAAGUCGGGACAUUGAAGAGGAGCAGGCACCACUUAGAGACAGCUGGAAGUUGGCGAAGUAUCUCGUUGAUACUUUCUGGGUUCGCUGGGUCCGCGAAUAUCUUCCCACGUUGACGCGGCGUACCAAGUGGUUCCAUCCAGUAAGGCCACUGCAACCGGGAGAUCUGGUUGUCGUGGUAGAAGAAGGGAAGCGGAACGGAUGGGUUCGUGGAAGAAUAGUGGAAGUUCUACCAGGAAAGGAUGGACAAGUCCGCAGAGCAGUAGUGCAGACGGCACGAGGACUGGUCAACCGGUCAGCAACGAAGUUGGCGCUAUUGGAGGUAAAAGAGAUGUCGAAAGCAGAGUCAGAUAUACCGGAGUCUGGCGUAUCGGAACUACACGGGCGGGGGGAUGUUGGCGAACCACUGGGUAGUUUCGAACUCGAUGAAGUGAGCUCCGAGUACGCCCUUCGCUUUAAUCGUCUGUCAGCCGUUGACGGCUGAUGGGGAAUUGUCAUGUACAUGCAAUAGGAUGGAAGAAAAACAAUUUCGACAAAGCAUCGAAGUGAGAAGGUCGAUUGACUAUAGUUAAAGCGAAUUAUAAAUUAAAAUCGUAUUUCUACUUAUCCUAAAUUGAAUUAUUAAUACAUUUGUGAACUCGCAGGUAGAUAUUCCUAAAUUGAUUUAAUAUGAUACUCUACUUACAAAUAACUUACAACUAUUAUCACAGAUGAAAUUUAGUACGGAGAAAUCAGAUUGGACAGUUAUAACCUAAAACUAGUAAAGAACACCAAAUGUAAGUAAAACAUGAACUAUGAAUUUGUCCUAAACCUAACAUGCAAAUAAAUUAAUAGCUUUGAAGCUGUGUCAAACGGACCCGCUAUCAGGAUUGUUCUUCCGACGUCCAAACUGAAAAAUCUUCCCCAACAGUGUUAGUGUAGUGUUUUACAAUUUUGUGCGAGUUUGUUUUGAUCAUCUGUUUCUCGUUCGAUGAUGUUGAUUGUUUUUCAGCCAGUGGAGAACCCCGGCAUAUGCGACGUGGAGGUUGUCGGUGUCCGUCCGUUUGUUGACUGUAUUGCGUGUGUUGUGGAUGUGGCACUUCUCCAGAAUAGGCAGAUGUUUUCCUAUGUUUGUUGUGUCCAGAAUUUUCGUACAUCUAGCUUGAAUGAGUGUUCCGCUCGUGCCGCGUGAUUUAUGAGGGCCGUGGUUUCCAAUAUAGAUUGGAUUGCGGUGUCUUCAAUAGUGUGUCCUGCAUUUCUCAGUGUUUCCAGUUUUCGCAUGUUAGACUUGUGUUUGGAGAUGCGGGAUUUUAGUUUUUGUGUUGUCAUGCCAAUGUAACACGCAUUGCAUUGAGCACAGUCUAUUUUGUAGACGACAUUGCUGCGCUCAUCGACUGGUGUUCGGUCUUUGACCAGUGGGAGCAGCGAGCCAAUGUUUUUGUGCUGUUUGCUUGCGAUGUGUAUAUUUGGAAAUUCCCUCUGCAGUGUUUUUGUUAUUGUCGGUGUUUGUCCUGAAAUGUUUGUGAGCGAGCAGUACACGCAAGUUUGAAAAUACCCAUUAAAUGGGGUUCUUGUACCCAUUUUUUGAUUCAAUAUAGAGCUGUCAAAAGAUGGGUGUUUUUAUGAAAACAAAUAAUGGGUACUUCAGCCCCAUUAUGAAGUUUCCUCUCUUAACAUUAUAAUGGGUAAAUAAUACGCAUAUCAAUUUGAAAAAAAAAUCAAGUCCGCCAUUUCUCAACUUUGCGAUUUUGUGGUUUCGUCGUAUGAAGAAUUUGAUAAAAGUGGUGAUUAUGUACAGGAAGGAGGAGGAAACAUUUUGAAUAAUUAAUAUUUAACCCGUGUAUCAACCCGUAAGUAAUGUCAGUGAAUAUUUUUGUAAGUUGUUCCCAUCAAAAUACGUUUCUAAUUGCAGUUCCUCGAGAGAUGUUGUGGAUAUUUGCGAUGGAUUAGGAUUUUCUGGAGCAGUUUAGAAAAAUGGUGCGGAAAACUAAAUAUGAUGUUCUACGCUUCAAUAGACGGAACAAUACUAUAGUUUAACAGAAAACCAUUGUUUUUCAUCAUUUCUUUUUGAUAUAAUUUGAAUAAAACCUAUAAUAAACAUAACCUCAAACUGCAAAAUCGUUCUCGAAAUAAUGGGGCAUUUUCACCCAUUUUUUGUGCAAACAACAAGAGUGAAAAAUACCCAUUUUAUGAAGUUUGGAGCGAAUACCCAUUAGCUUGGUACACGGUUUAUAUGGGAAAAUAUAAAAAAAGGAAAACUCUAGUUCCUGUAUACUUUUUGAGUUCCACUUUGGUCCAAUAUCAACUUGCAAAAUUUCAGAUCGAUCGGAAAAACUAUAUUUUAGCGCCCGCCAUUCUUAGGUUUUCAUACGAUUUACUAUGGGGAAACAUUACUCCUUCAAAGAAAAAUCGCUAGGUGUCACCACUAGUUCCCUAAAAAUAAGUCGAUGAAUGAUUUCUGUAGAAAACUUCACUACGAAUCAGACCUCCGAAGACAUAAAAUCGAUGCGACGUUCCUGGAAAAAGUUAUUAGGCCUCACCCGAUCGAUGAAAUAACGAGAUUUUAUUAUUUAUUGUUAUUCCUUACAUGUUAAAUAGCGUUUGCAUGCCAUUCGGUUUUCAGUCAAUAACUUUUUUCACAUGCCUCAGAUCGCUUUGCGGUUUUCGGAGGGUUCCAACAGAAAUCAUUCAUCGAUUUAUUUUUACGGGUUGAGGGGCAACCUGUGGCGAUUUUUUUUGAAAAAGUGAUUUUUCCCAUACUAAAUCGUAUGAAAACUUAAAAUGGCUGGCGCUAAAAUAUUGUUUCACCGAUCGAUCUGAAAUUUUGCACAGUUGAUAUGGGACCAAAAUGGAACUCAAAAAGUGUACAGGAGUAAAAUGUCUUUUUGUGUCCCACGCUAAUACCCAUUAAUGGGUAAACGGCAAAUACCCAUUAAAUGGGUUAAGCCACUUUAGUUCGAAAUUGGUACUAAAAUACCCAUUAAUGGGUAUUAUCAAUCUAGCGUGUAUGUUUUUGGAUUUUCUUGUUAUUCGUUUUCAUUACUGCUCGCUUCCAUAGCUGUUCGACUGCUUUGGUUUCCACUUACCCUGUUUAUUACACGGUUGAUGAUAUUUGCAGGGUAAUCGUUGGUUCGAAGGAGCCCAAAUAUAAUCGAUUUUGUUCUUUUUAGGCUCAGGUUGGUGGAGAACUGCAUGACCCGUUUUGCAAAGUUGUACGCAACGUUGAUUUUAAGGUUCAUCGGAUGGCAGGAGUAGUAGUUAAGAAAUCUUCCGCUCGCGAUAGUCUUCAUGUACCAUUCCGUCUUGAUCGACUGGUCAUCCUGACGAACCAUCAUCAUGUCCAGGAACGGUAAGCGGUUGCUUUCUUCUUUCUCCACGGUGAACUGGAUGUGCUCGUUCUGCUGAUUGAAGAUGUUGAGCAUUUCCUCGACCUUAUCAGAAGGGAGUACUAGGAACAGGUCAUCCACAUACUUUUACAAGUAUGGAAUCUCUACUGUGGCUGCUGCAACAGCACUGUCGAGGAGUUCCUCCAUCACAUAGUCGGCAAUAAUCGGCGAGAGGGGGUUCCCCAUCGCGGUGCCGAAAAUUUGUUGGUAGUAGGUCCCCUCGAAGACAAAGUAGCUGGCAUCUAUGCAAAAUUCUACUGCUUCCCAGAACAGAUCAAGGCAGAUUUGAGUGUGUUGCUUGAUCUCGUCCCAGUGGCGGAUGAUGCUCUGCCGUACCAGAUUUUUGGGGAUAGAUGUGAAGAGGGCUACUACAUCGAAUGACACAAGAAUGUAGCCUUCUGGAAGUUGUAUGUUGUUGACAAAAUCACAGAAGGAGAACGAAUCCGUAACGUUGUAUUUGCUGGUCAUCGAUGUUUGGAGAAUUCUACUGAUGUACUUGGAGAGCUCAUACGACGGCGCUGUCAUACAUGGUACUACUGGGCGUAAAGGCAGGCCGGGUUUGUGCGCCUUCGGUUGACCGUAGAUUUUCGGACAGACCGCCCUGUACGUCUACAGUUUGGAUGGACAACAUCAACGAACGAGAAACAGAUGAUCAAAACAAACUCGCACAAAAUUGUAAAACACAACACUAACACCAAUACACAAUCCAAGAUGAUUCUGAACACGCACACCAGCAGCAAAGAUCGAUUGCACGAGCACACAUCAUGAACAUCAUGAUUCCGGAAGGGUUUUUCCACAAUUACCGAAUCCCAACCGUUAACUGCUGUGAGGGAGUAAGUACACUGAAGGAAAUUGCGUGGGAAGAAUGAAAAUUGCGAAGAAUAACUUUUGUAAUUAUGUAUGUUUUUGAUCGCAGAAAUUCAUUCCGCUGGACAACCUUUGUUCAACAGAACACAUUGGACGAAGAAUCUGUGAUAAUUGAGUCCCUGAUGAAGGUCCUAUAUGCGACCGAAACGUUGGACGAAAUUAAAUAGCAGUAUUUGAAUUUUGUCGAGACUGAAAAAGCCAUUUUCAAGUUACAUUCCAUCACAGUCGCAACCAAAAC